AUGAGGCUGCGAAACUUCGCGCGCCAUGCUCGCGUCACCCGAAAUGCGCGGCUGUCUUUGUUCAGCGACCGCAAACCCUACCAGUAUGAGCGUCUGCCGUCGCCUACUUGUAUACGCCUAUUGGAGCUCCUACCAGUGACAAGCAACGGUAUCAUUCGCUGCUCGUUGAAGGUUACUGAGCUCGAAAAUGCGCCUUCCUUCAAAGCUCUGUCAUACACAUGGGGUAGUCCGCAGGCCACUUCGAUGUCAGGAACAUCGAGACGCUAUGAAGUAGGACUGAAACCUGCAUCGGACGACGAAGUAGACUCGACCCGCCAGCACACCAUCAUAUGCGAUGGCUGUCUUCUCAAGGUCACCAGUAACCUUCGAGAUGCACUGCAAAUGCUCAGCAACGCUAUCAACAUGCCACACAUGCCCAAAACCCCGACCUACUAUUGGAUAGACCUUUUGUGCAUGAACCAAACAGAUAUUGAGGAGAGGAAUGCUCAGGUUGCCCGUAUGGGUGACGUUUUUAAGAAGGCCGAUGGUGUUGUUGUCUGGCUAGGCAAAGAGGAUCAGUACACGCUGGAUGCUGUCACUACCAUGCGGAAGAUAGCGGCUAUUCCCGAGAAACACUGGCCGCUAAUACCUUACACAUCCUUCUACAAUCCCGAAGAGAGUCAGCUAGUAUCCCCUACUGGUCUCACCUUCUACAACUGGCUAGGCUUCAUUGUCCUCAUCAACCGCCCAUGGUUCAAGAGGGCUUGGGUCGUUCAAGAGAUCGCACUUGGUAAAUCGGCUCUGGUAGUCUGUGGCAACAAGGUCUUUCCUUGGGAAAUUCUAUCCAAAACGCUGUCUUUUGUCAAGUUCACGAGGUGGUAUCAUCAUCUCCAUGCAGACAAACUAAAGCAUGUAAAAGAGCUGCGGAAACAUCCUGGCAUCUACAAGCAAAUCCUCAAGUCGAAGCUAGCCGUCGGCAUCAGCCCUCUAUAUCUCAAUGAUACCCGGCUAUUCGCAUCGUCACUGAUCAGAGACGACGGUCAAGCGACCAAACAACCGUCUUUCCGGAACCUUCUCGACAAGCACCGCUUUUCAGAAUCUUCAGAUCCCAGGGACAAGGUAUACGCCUUUCUCGGCCUAGCCAACCGGGGUAUGUCUCCAUUUCGUACGCAGCCCAACGCGCUUACGCCGGAUUACAAUCUCAGUGUACAGGAGGUCUUCACCCAAACCACAGCAGUACUCAUGUCGUCCUACAAGAACCUGUCAUGGUUGUCGCACGUGGAAGACGCUUCACAAAGACGGAUAUCAGGGUUACCAUCCUGGGUACCCGACUUGAGCGUGCCGCUUCAACCUUACCCGCUUCGCUAUCGUGGUCCGGCAUACUGGCAUGCUGCUGGCAACCGCGCCUGGCGUCCGGAUGUAGAAAGCAUGAAAAAAGGACUUCUCCCGGUCCAAGGACAUCGAUUAGAUCAGAUUGACCAGACCUCUCUGCUUACUGAUGAAUCGGAAGACCCUCCGACGGUAUGGGCAAGCAUCGUGAAUCUAGCUCUCGCACUUGACUCAUCAUACCCCGACCCAGGCGGCACUGGCAAGACACCAUCGCGUAUCGAAGUACUCUGGCGAACGCUAACCACCGAUAUCUACAACCACACAUACCCCGCCCCAGUACAAACAGGCGAACUUUUCAUUGAUUACAUCCUCAACCUCCAGAUCCGGCAUCGCUUGACUCCAUGGUCCAGCGCCGACGAUUUCCAGCCCCACCAUUCGCCAUUGACAGAGUCCGUCUAUCCAGAUUGGCGCAAACUCCUUGAGCUCGAACCACCGGACUCGCCGUACAGCUUCGACUCAUAUUCUAAGCGCUUAGUUGCCGUGGUGGAGACACGAGCUUGA